AUGCGCAGCUUCAGCAAUGCCGAGUACGAGGAGGCGAAGCGGCGGGUUUCAGGGACGCCCAAGGCAGAGCUGUAUGAUUUUGUGUUGGUGCUGCAAGCUCAAGUGAAGGAGCUUCAUGAAAACAUCAUGACAAGACUUUCGUCUCAUACUCAGACUCAAUCCUUGUUCAAUGCUGACUUCAAAGAGAUUCAACUCCACAUUGACAGGCUGAUCAUCAACCAGCAAACACAGCAGGAGAAGCAUGAGCGGGAGAUUUCAAAGUUGGAAGCAGAAAAGCAGAGCAUUCUCGAUGAUCUGAAACGUGAACAUGUUGAAAACUUGAAGACUAUGCAACUUGGGCACAUGAAGCAAGUCCAGGAUAUGCUGGAAAAGGAAGAGGAGGAAAGGAAGCAGUGGGAAGAAAAGCUGCGCGGUGAGAAGGAGUCGUCGCAAGAAAACUUGAUCGAGUUAGAGAAGCGGUUGCGAGCGAUUCAUGAGAACGAGAUGGACGAUAUGGAGCAGAGGCACGAGCAACGACUGGAAGAUUUGAAGGAAAAGCUGCUGAAGGAGCAUGAGGAGGACAAGCAGAAUGCUCUGAAAAGACUCGAAGUUGAACUUGAACAAGACUUUGAAGCUCGAUUGGAAGCAAACAGAAGCAAACUCGAGGAGGAGCAUCAGAAGAAGUUGAUGCAUCUGCGAUCAGAACUCAGCCAGGCCAUGAAGGAGCUCAACGACGCCAAGUCAAGGCUAACGCAGGAAGUCAACUCAAGAGCCCAACAGAUGGCGGAGGAUGAAAUCAACCGGCUCAAUGACGAGCACAACUCCUUCCUCGUCUCCCACAGACGGUUCAGCCGCCUUGAGAGAAAGGAGAUCAAAGAGCUCGUGAACAAAGUGGACGCCCACCAGCUCCAGCUCGACGUCGUGUGCGAGAGAGUGCGGGAUAUGGUGGGAAGGCACAGUCAGCAAGUUUCGACCAUCAAGGUGAUGGUGGAACAGUUGAGUGUAGCAGAGAGUGAGGGCGGGAAGCAGGACGAGUCUCGGCGACUGAUGGAGGGGGUCAAGCAAGCUUAUCUAGAAGAGCUGCGCAUGUUCAACCAACGCAUGCGGCAAGUGAUGGAGGCCAAGGAGACCAAGGAGAAGCGACUGCGAGGGCAGCUCAACGACUACAAGCAGCGGCUGCACGAGACAGAGACGAUUCUAGCGCGGCAAUACCGCGAGAUGGAGAGUUUCAGUGUCGAAUUGCUAUGA